AUGCCGCCAACGCUUGACCUCAGCAGGACCACUCACUCCAAAGUAGUGAUAUCUCCACCUCGCAUCAACCUCCGCAGAGCGGCAUCAUACAACCAUGACCGAGGGCCGGUUUCUUCAACAUCAUCGCGUUUCAAUUUCAAUCACUUAGUCUUCUCCCCCCCCCCGUCGCCAGGUCUCCCUUCUCUUUCACCUCACAUCAGAAAGACAAAACGACGACUUUUGGGCACCUUACGCCCGCUCAGGUUCAUCCGCUACGCAAUCCGACUCCUGAGCAUCGUCGUGGUCUUCUUUGUGGCCCUAGAAAUCCUCACUUGGCUCUUCGGGGAGCCGAUCCCGACGCAGAUAGAACCUGCGAAACCUGCAGAGAGAGUCAUGACCGACGUGGCUUCACAAAUCGAAGCGCCAGACUUUCCGACUCCGAUGGUUGUAACCGACAACCGAGGCAGGGCCAAGUGGACGGUAUCUAUACCACCAGGGUCCGAGUUUCCCCUGACGAUGAGCCAGUACGCGGAUAUGUGUCUCAAGUGCCCACAGGUUGCGGAGCGGGCUAGGCACCUGCGGUCUCAAGGACUCGGGCUCCACCAGGUAUCUCUCGGGCUCGGCUUGGAUUCGACAGAUGACUUUGUGGAUGUGCAAGAGGCAGAACAGGCUGGCUACCUCCCAGGCAAUAGGGAAAAGGGCUGGAAUUCGGCCGGAGAGCUUGAAGCGCAGAAACCCGUGUGCAAAAAGAGCCUCACAUUCGUGCUGGAGUCGGACGAUGCUGGCUUGGGGAGAACGCUGAUGAUGCUGUGGAUAGCAUAUGGGCUGGCUGAAGAGGAGGGUCGGUCCUUUUUCAUCGACGACACCCGAUGGGCGUACGGAAAAUUCACAGACAUUUUCCAACCGCCACCGCUGCCAACUUGCACGGCACCUCCAAGCCACGAGAUUCUUCCCUGUCCGCGGCACGCCCGGCACUUGGUGGCCUCGGCUGCGACGAUGGACGAGGUGUUUGGUAGCUUGAUCAAGGGUGCUGAUUCCACAUCCGAGGCUCACAACCGGGCCCUUCGAAAGGCCCAAUUUGGCCUCGCCCGUCGGGGCUACGAGUCACUCUCCCGACUGACCAAGGAAGACGCCAACUAUGUGGAGACUCGCGUCCGCGAGCUCAUGGCAAGGAGGAUACUCCCCAAAUCCAAAGGGCACGGGACCGGUCUCGCAGUUGGCGUCCACGUCCGCCGGGGCGACCGGCACCCGCUCGAGCACCAGUACCGCCACUCUUACUUGCCACUCAAUUUAUACAGCGACACGGCCCGCGAGCUGAUUGAAACAAAGUUCAACCACUCGGCGCCGUUCACCGGCGGAAGCAAGGCGGUAAAGGAACAGAGCAUGGUUAUCCUCGCGUCUGACGACCCGACGGUGUAUGAGAGCGCAGAGCUGGCCGGGGCGAGCCGGGCACAGGAACGCAUCAAGCUGGCCAGCAAGCAGACGAUCCAGAAGGUCAACCCGGACAAGUCAGUCAUGCGCAAGUUUGUGGAUGAAACGUUCGGCUGGGAGGGCGGCUUCUUCGCGGCCAUGUUUUGGAACCUUGGCGCAUCAACCGGCCACGCGACCAAUCCCACCACCGGCGGCAGCACUGCUCCCUCUCCAGAUACCCUCCGGCUUAGAAGCCUGGUGGGUCGAGCCUACAUGAUGGACUUGACGGUGCUGGCUGAUGCGAGCGACGUAAUUGUGUGUACCGUUAGUGCUACCGGCUGCCGGUUGUUAGCUGUCAUGAUGGGGUGGGAGAGUGCCAUGGGCGAGGGGAACUGGGUUAAUAUUGAUGGAGAGUACGGGUGGAUGGGGUUGGAGUGGUGA